GGAGGAGUAAAACUUUACCGUCAAUAUUUAAUAAGUUUAGCCGGUUUAGCUAUCACUCUGUGGGAUAAUAUGGUGUGCAAUCGAGGCGUAGGUUUAGUCAAACCUUUGCAGAGUGGUUUACUCUGCAGGUUUGUAGUUUUAGUCGUUUUUAUGAGCGUUAACCUGCCUGUUUCUGAGAGUGUAGGAAUCAGUCCGGAGAGAUGUCUCAUCUGGGGUCCAGGGCUGAACCCAGAUAUAGUUCUACCCGUCCGCUUCUUCAUCAUUCAGGCAGUCAACUCUAAAGGAGAAAACCUGACUCUAUCUCCAGGUAAAGACACAUUUAAAGUGAAGAUAAGCUCCCAGGACAAGAAUGAACACCUCCGCGUCCAUGUCCCUCCACCUCUGGACAGAGGAGACGGCUCCUUCUUGGUGAGGUACCGGCUGUACGGGACUGCGCUCAGAGGCCUCACAGUCCAGGUCCUCCACCAAGAUGCUGCUGUUGCCAAGUCACCCUACACUGUGCCAGGUCCAGUCUAUCAUGAAUACUGUGACUGUCCUGAAGCGGACGCCUCCGUCUGGCAGAGCGUCAUGCAGUGUCCCGCUGAGGAGCCUCAGAUGCUGGCAGACUUUAAAUCUUUUCCGGCAGUCGACCUGCAGCAGCUCAGACAGGAAGUGCCUCCGAGAUUCGCCAAUAGAGGAGGUAUCAUUCACUACGCCAUCAUUGACAACCAGCUGUACCGCCGCACGCUAGGAAAAUACACCGACUUCAAGAUGUUCUCGGAUGAAAUACUGCUGUCUCUGACCAGGAAGGUGAGGGUGCCCGAUGUGGAGUUUUACGUCAAUGUUGGUGACUGGCCGUUAGAGACCAGGAGAGCAGAUUCUAGUCCCGGGCCUGUUCCAAUCUUUUCCUGGUGCGGCUCCACAGAGACACGAGACAUUGUCCUCCCCACCUACGAGGUCACACACUCCACUCUGGAGACCAUGAGAGGUGUCACUAAUGAUCUGCUGUCUAUCCAAGGCAAUACAGAGCCUCCUUGGGCCACCAAAACAGAUAGGGCAUUUUUCCGUGGUCGGGACAGUCGAGAGGAGCGUCUUCAGCUGGUCUCUAUGUCCAAGAAAAACCCAGAGCUGCUGGACGCAGGAAUCACCGGAUGGUUCUUUUUCCGAGACAGGGAGAAACAUAUCGGCAAGACACCGCUUGUUGGAUUCUUUGACUUCUUUAAGUACAAGUACCAAGUGAAUGUGGAUGGAACGGUGGCAGCGUAUCGGUUUCCUUACCUGAUGCUCGGGAACAGUUUGGUUCUGAAGCAGGACUCUCCCUAUUAUGAACAUUUCUACAGCCAUCUCAAAGCUGGCACUCAUUACAUCCCCGUGAAGAGAAACCUGUCAGACCUGAUGGAGAAAAUCAAAUGGGCCAAAGAGAACGAUGCCGAGGCACACGAGAUUGCCAGAGCAGGUCAGGCGGCAGCCAGAGAGCUGCUGCAGCCCAGCAGACUCUACUGUUACUACUACAAAGUGCUGCACAUGUACUCAGAGCGGCAGAUAGGACAGCCAACACGACAUGAAGACAUGGUGCCGGUGCCUCAGCCGGACGACAACACCGCUGUGUGCACGUGUGAGCGUAAAAGCCACAAAGAAGAAACGGUUGUGAAGGAUGAACUAUGAUGGACACAGUCUUUAGUCUUUAAUGAAUGUCAUUUCUUUCUCAAACAUUCCUGACAUGGAAGGAAAAUGUGAAUUUCACUGAUGACCAUGUUACACUGCUUUCAUCUUGGACAGUAGAGAAACUUUCAGGAUGUCUCUGAAAUUAUAAUUCACAUUAUAAAAAAAUGGUACAGUAUUUUGUGUUUUUUGUACCCUUUGUAAAGUUCUGGUUAGUCAUGCAAGAAACUGCAGAUACAAUGACUGUUUUGUAAACGUGCCUUGGAUAUUUUUUAAUGCAUUUUUAUCUUAAAAUAAAUACAUGUGAAAUAAAUCUUAUUUUUGGUAGUUUACUGGGAAGUCCUUAUUGAACAUAAGAGAACCUUCAUUUUA